AUGAAGAUGAGCACAUUACCCAAGCGGCUGGGCCAGAUUCUUCUAAUGAUGCUGCUGAUUGAGCUGCAGCAGCCCAUCAGCGGAUUGGAACAGAGCACAGACUAUUCGGUGGUUAGCAAAACUGCGGGUGUGGCCACCACCACUUCUGCACCACCCACUCUGGUGCCACCAUUACGCAUUUUCAAAGGUCGCAUUCAGACUACGACUCCUUCUUCGAGAUCUACUUCUGGUAGUCGUCCUUUGGCCGCAGGAGGUGACGCGCAGCAGGAGCUGAUUGGAAUCUCCUCCAAGUCGUAUAUCUCCGGACCCACUACACAGCCCUCGAAAUUGUCCAAGAGAGCUGGAAUAGCAGGUCCCAAAAAGUUCCCUAAGGAUGUCCGCAAUCGCAGUAGCAAUGCAGUGGAACGUAACAAGUUGCAGCAUGAAGUGCCCGAUCACGUACCCGAUUCUUCUGGCUACAUACCCCACCGAAUCGGACCCCCUGUGCAUCUGGAUUAUGGUUCUACGGGAGUGGAUUCAAGUGGAGCUCCUACAGGAAGCGGUGGAUAUCAUGCUGCGCCCUAUGAAAACAGCAAGUGGCAGGAGGAGUACUGGGAUCAAGAAUACGCUGGAAAUCAGCACCAGCACAACGGAACUAGAGUACAGCACAUCGAGGCAGAAUGUCAGGAUGACUAUAUGAAGAUACGCAUUGGUUUUAAUGGCUCCUUUAGUGGUUUGCUAUAUUCAGCUGGUUAUGCCUAUGAUCCGGACUGUAUGUACAUAAAUGGAUCUGGUAGGGAUUACUAUGAGUUCUACAUCCAAUUAAAUCGCUGUGGAACUUUGGGAAAGAAUUCUUUGCAAGAGGAAAGUCGCAAAAAUCCCACAAAUUUUAUGUGGAACACGGUAACAGUGCAAUAUAAUCCCCUGAUUGAGGAGGAGUAUGAUGAGCACUUCAAGGUCACCUGCGAGUAUGGCUAUGAUUUCUGGAAGACCGUGACCUUUCCUUUUCUAGAUGUGGAAGUGGCCACUGGCAAUCCGGUAGUCUUCACUUUAAGUCCACCCGAGUGCUAUAUGGAGAUCCAGAAUGGCUAUGGCAUUGGUGGUCCACGUGUGACGGGCCCAGUGCGUGUGGGCGAUCCCCUGACCUUGAUCAUCUACAUGAGAAGCAAAUAUGACGGCUUCGACAUUGUGGUCAACGAUUGCUAUGCACACAAUGGCGCCAACAAGCGGAUACAGCUCAUCGAUCAGCACGGUUGUCCGGUGGAUGACAAGCUCAUCUCACGCUUCAGGGGUUCCUGGUCGGAUUCCGGGGUGUACGAGACCCAGGUGUAUGCGUACAUGAAGACCUUCCGGUUCACUGGCUCCCCGGCGCUCUAUAUUGAGUGCGAUGUGCGGAUGUGCCAUGGGCGGUGUCCGAGCCAGCCUUGUCACUGGAGAAAUCUAAAGGCGGUGACCAAGCGUGACACCUCGAACAUGACGGCCACAAAUCUUUCCCUGCCGCCAUUAUCCGCCGAUGGCGAGGGUUUAACCACGGAGAAUCCACCAGCAAACUCGCUAUCGGAAAACGUUAAUCUCUUCCAGUCACUGCGAGUUUUGCAGGAGGGUGAAACUGAUGGGGAUGAUGUAUAUGCCCAUCGGCAGUCGAAGCCCUUGUCACCACACCAAACCUGCCUGAAGACCUCGACUUUUUCGGCGCUGACCGCUGGCUGUUCGGCAGUUUUGUGCGUGUUAACAGUUACACUUUUCAUCGCGUGCUCGAGAUUAAAGCGUCGCAAGGAGUCCUCACUGUACGAUUCUUAUAUAGCACACAAAGGACAAAUCGAUUGA